CUGCAAUAUUUAAAGACAGACCUCUAAAGAACUGAGUCAAAGCUGAAGAUCAUGGAUUGGAAGUUUCUCCAGGGUCUUCUUAGUGGAGUCAACAAGUACUCCACUGCCUUUGGACGCAUCUGGCUAUCAGUGGUCUUUGUCUUCCGGGUGUUGGUCUUCGUGGUGGCUGCCGAGCGCGUCUGGAGCGACGACCAGGGACACUUUGACUGCAAUACCCGCCAACCGGGGUGCACCAACAUCUGCUAUGAUUACUUCUUCCCCGUCUCUCACAUUCGCCUGUGGGCCCUGCAGCUCAUCUUCGUCACCUGCCCCUCAUUCAUGGUGGUGCUGCACGUGGCCUACCGAGAAGAGCGGGAACGCAAGUACCGGGCCAAGCACGGCGAGAACACAAGGCUGUACGACAACCCGGGCCAAAAGCAUGGUGGCCUCUGGUGGACUUACCUGAUGAGCCUGUUUAUCAAAACCACCUUUGAAGUCACAUUUCUCUACGUGCUCCACUACAUCUAUGACAGCUUCAAGCUGCCCCGGAAGGUCCAAUGUGAUGUCAGUCCCUGCCCCAAUUUGGUAGACUGCUACAUUUCCCGGCCCACUGAGAAGACCAUUUUCACCUACUUCAUGGUGGGGGCGUCUGUCGUGUGUGUAGUGCUCAACAUCUGUGAGAUUUUCUAUCUGAUUGCUUCCCGGGUGGUGAAUCUCAAACAUCGAGGCAGCAUUCACACUUCAUCCAGAAAGAUCCACCCUGGCAUGGACUGUGACGGCUGCAAGUCUUCUCUUACAUCCUAGCUGGAGGCCCAGUGUAGAGAAUCAAGAUGUCUUCUUAUACCUCUGUUUGAUUAACUAUAGAGUGAUUACUUUUUCUCCAUCAAAGGAUAGGUUCACCGUUUCUCCAAAUCUGACUUAAUACAAUACUCACAUGCUUUUGUGUACAUUGACAGAGUUGUUGGUCGCUGUAAUCGUUUCUGAUUUUCUGCUUUCUCUAAUUUACCCUCAGGAUUUUGUCCAGUGUGUCCUCAAAUUAUGAAAUGACCUCUACAUUGCAAUCAUACAGCAACUAAUAACUCUUUCAAUGUACCCACUGGCAUGUGUGUAUUGUUUUAAGAUAGAUGUGGAAAAGGUGAACCAAUCUCUUA